CACUGAGCACUGCAAAAUCAUCGUCUCCUCCCUUAGUCCCUUCACGUUGUCUGACUCCUCGCUUCACCCCAUUUAGUAAGGCCCAUAGAAAGACCUAGACUCUGGUGAAAGGCAAGGGGGUAUAAGGGAGGCGUCGCCGUUAUUUCCUUUUCGAGCGGCUAAUACUCUACAUUGUGUGGUUCUCCAUACAUAAAGCGUGAAAUGCCAAAACCCUCUUUCGGAUGUCUUGUUUGUAGAAGCCGCAGAGUCAAGUGCGAUGAGCGGAUAGGGGGAUGCUUGAACUGCGAACGCUAUGGGGCUUCAUGCCCUGGAUAUCAGGACAGAUUCGACGUUAUGCUCCGUCUGCGCACACCAUUGGUUACGGGCUCGCCACAGGCGCAGAAUCCUCCCAGCCCCAGGCGAGACGACGGGCAAACCGUUGAGGAAACGCCGCGGGGCCAGCAAAUGCUCGACGGUGCUCCUGUGACCUGGGACAAUGCCUAUCGCACUUUGGAAAUUCGGCGACCCCUUCAUCUCCACUCAGACGACGUCGCACUCGCUAUGCACUACUCCAGCUACUGUAUCGACUUCUCGGCUGUGUGGUCGCCGGAGCAGAUCCAGACUCAGGGUAAUGGCUGUCUAUUCUCCGCCAUCAAAGUACUAGGAAACAUAUCACGUCUUCAGAGAUGGUCCUUACCUGAUGGCUCAGCAACCGUUUGGAAAGACUAUUCGGACGCUAUUCAGCUUCUCAAUUCAGCCCUCGCCUCGCCACUGGAAUCACGGACAGACAGCACGCUCCUCGCCACAAUGAUCAUGGGCGCUAUUGAGACUAAAGCGGCCCCCAGUCGGUCUUUUGACUAUUGGGAAAUGCACACCAAGGGAGCUGCCGCCUUGCUACAGCUACGCGGCCCCAAUCAAGUUACAAGUCGGCUGGGCUCCGCUCUAUUCUUCCAAACUUCCAGUUACAUGACAACCGUUUGUAUUCUAUCAGGACAGCGGAUACCUGAGGACCUUCACCGCCUUCGUAAUGCGACAAACCCGCUUCUUGUAGACCCAGCUCAUCCACUUUGGAAAUAUCAGGGAGCUAUGUUUCGGAUUACCGACUUUGCCGCGGCGACCCGUACGGAUGUCUCACAGUUGGAGGACCAAGAAAUCCAGCACAUCAUAGUAGAUGCUCUGAACGUCUACGAGGAAUUACAGGCGGUAUUCAGCGGCGCGGACGCUGCUUGGCAGUAUGACAGAAUCCCCAGCGCGAGAUUUAGCAGCCUGGUUGACCAUGAACACGUCUACCAAACCCAAUUAGCUACACAGCUGUGGAACGGCUACCGCACUGCGGUCGUCAUACUAUGCACGGUCGUCGCCAGAAUCGCGAAGCGUCUGCCGAGCCAAGUGUGCCUUGAUGACCAGGCCCAAGCAUUUCUGAACAAUGCAGCCUACAUCAUUAACCAAGUCGCCGUUGAUACAAUCGCAGCAGUGCCGCGACCGCCUGCUGCUCUCGGGAGUAGCCAUAACCCCGGUUAUGGUAGUUAUGCACGGCACGCACCCGUCUUUCAGGAAACACAGCCAGACUCUCAGGCGGUGCCAUAUAUGCAUGGAUGUCCGCUGCAAUGGUCCGUCUACUUUGCUGCCAACUGUGAGUUUAUUGAACCGCGCGUUCGUGAAUGUUUAUUGGACAUUUUGGAGAAUGCUGCCAAAGCAAUGGAAAUUCAGCAGUGGAAGAUCUCGGCGGAGAAGUUAAGGCUAGAAUUGCGGGGAGUACCUAAAUAG